AUGGCUGACACUGAAGACCUUCAGGAACCGUCACAUGCAGGCAUCGCCAGAUUCUCCACGCUCUUGGACAGGAAGCAAAGAUGUGCCAGGAAGCUGGAAGAGGAACUCAGUGGUUGGCUGGGGGCAGCUGGUCUAACCAAGUCUCCUGAUGUUAGGGCAGUAAUUGCACCCCAUGCUGGUUAUUCAUACUCGGGCCGAUGUGCAGCUUAUGCUUUUGGCAACAUUGAUCCAACUAACAUUUCUCGGGUGUUUCUGCUUGGCCCUUCUCAUCACUACUACACUCCAAAAUGUGCUUUAACCAGGGCUUCUGUCUAUUGUACCCCAAUUGGGGAUUUGCCAGUGGACCAGGAAGUCAUCGAGGAACUCAGUGCUACUGGAAAAUUUGAAUUUAUGGAUCUUAGUGUGGAUGAAGCUGAACAUAGCAUGGAAAUGCAUUUGCCCUACCUUGCUAAAGUAUUUCAAGGACAUACUGUGAAAGUCGUCCCUAUCCUUGUUGGUGCACUUAGCUCCCAAAGUGAAGCCAUGUAUGGACAGCUGCUCUCCAAAUAUGUUGAUGACCCAAAAAACUUUUUUUCUGUGUCGUCAGACUUCUGCCAUUGGGGAUCCCGGUUUAGUUAUACAUACUACGAAAAGAAACAUGGUGCUAUUCAUAAGUCUAUUGAGGCCUUGGACCGUAUGGGCAUGGAGAUCAUAGAGACUGGUGAUCCUGUAGCAUUCAAAGAAUACCUGCAGGAGUAUGAGAAUACCAUAUGUGGACGCCACCCCAUCAGCGUUUUCCUUCAUAUGUUGAAACAUUGCUCAACAAAAAUUAAGAUUGGCUUUGUUCGCUACGAGCAGUCGAGCCAGUGCAAGAACAUGAGGGAUAGCAGUGUGAGCUAUGCAUCCGCAGCAGCAAAGGUUGAUGCAUCAGGGGAAGAAGAGAAACAAGAUUGA